AUGUCGGAAAGAGUGGAGGGCGACCAGCUGGGUGUUGAACGGGCUCCGGACGAUGAAUUUAUCGAUAAUGACGAGGUUGAACAGGAAAUAAUAGCAGAGGAGGAUGGCGAUGCUCCAGUGGAUGAAGAUGAGGAUAUGGGGGAGAAUAACGAUGGAGGUGAGAUCGGGGAAGAUGAAACCAUUGAGAUAGACAUGAGUAAUAACUCUGUGACGUAUUUUGAUAAGCAUACAGACUCGGUAUUCACGGUGUUCCAGCAUCCGACGCUGCCACUGGUAUGUUCAGGUGGUGGUGACGACGUGGCACACCUCUGGACUUCGCACUCUCAGCCACCGAAAUUUGCUGGGACUCUAAGCGGACACACAGAAUCUGUCAUUGCCGGGAGCUUUACUUGCGACGGCCGGUUCUUGGUGACUGCGGAUAUGACCGGUAAGGUGUUGGUCCAUGUGUCUCGCAAGGGCGGCUCACAGUGGGAGAAGGCGUCUGAGCUGCAGGAAGUGGAGGAGAUCGUGUGGCUGAAGUGUCACCCGACGGUUGCCGGCGUGUUUGCGUUCGGCGCAGUCGACGGGUCUGUUUGGUGCUAUCAGAUAGAUGGUUCUAGUGGGUCGCUGGAGCAGCUGAUGUCUGGUUUUGCUCAUCAGCAGGACUGCUCCGCUGGGGAAUUUAUCAACGUGGAUCAAGGCGAGGACGUGUUGCAGUUGGUUACCUGCUCGCUCGACUCGACCAUCGUAGCGUGGAAUUGCUACACUGCGCAGCCUCUGUUCAAGAUUACGCAGGACGAGAUUAGAGGUCUGGAGGCACCAUGGGUUUCUCUGUCGGUGGCACCUGCUAAUCUGGCCAAUGGGAAUGCGGCAGUGGUUGCCUGCGGGUCGAAUAACGGUAUAUUAGCCAUUGUCAACUGCAAUAGCGGGGGUUCUGUGCUGCAUUUGUCGCAGGUGAUUGAACUCAAGGAAGAACAAGAUGAGCUGGAUGCGUCUAUUGAGUCGAUCGCAUGGUCGAAGGACUUCCCCUUGAUGGCUCUGGGCCUUGUUUCCGGUGACGUGUUGCUGUAUGAGACAAAGACGUGGAAAGUCAGACGUAAAUUCCUGCUUCCGGAUUCAGUUACGAAACUGCUUUUCGACAAGGAUGAUCUGUUCGUUUCCUGCAUCGAUGGCAAGGUUUACCAGUUCGAUUCCAGACUGGGAAAGGAGAAAUUUGUCUGCACUGGCCAUAACAUGGGUGUCCUGGACUUUGUAAUAACAAGGAGAGACGACUCGGCGCCCAGAAGGGUGAUCACGGCGGGCGACGAAGGCGUCUCAUUAGUAUUUGAGGUGCCAAACUGA